AUAUGUGAUGCUUCUGCAGAGGAUUCCGGAGCUCGAGCUCGGAACGGCAGCGGGAGAGAAGUAAAUGCUCCCCCUCUACACUUCAAGUAACGGCAGGUUGUGCCGGUGAAGCCGUAGCCCAGCAUGAGCCCCUCUGACUGAGACGCAAGCACGUCUAGUGUUUUGCCGAACAGCUGAUAGCUUUCAUCAGUUAAAGCCAUGCCUGACGAGUGAAGUUACCUAUUUGCUCACAGAAAAAACCCCAGCACCCUACAUGUAUUUCCAUGUAGCUUCCUCCCUGUGCAUCCUGCUGGAGUAGCCCCCCCCCCCCCCCCCCCCCCACCCACGCCUUCCAGAUAGGCUCUACUGCCCUGUCCCCUCUCCACACCACCGCCCCUCCAUAUCUGCCUGUCACAAUGCCGCUCCACCUCAGAAUGGCCAACACCUAAAGAUUUCCAUGCGUCCAGUGAGCGACGAGUCGGACGGUCCUGCUCCUCUUGAAAGCUUCUCGUGCCCCCUAACCCCAGUGGGCCCCCUGCCUGCCGCAGAGAUGUCCCUGCUUCACUCGCUGGGCCCAGUGCAGAGCUGGCUGGGCCAGGAGCUGGAGAAGUGCGGGAUCGAUGCCAUGAUCUACACCCGCUACGUCCUCAGCCUGCUCCUGCACGAUAAUUACGACUACGACCUGCAGGAUCAGGAGAAUGACAUCUUGUUGGGCUGGGAGAAGGGAACUGGGAAGAAAUGGGCCAAGUGUAAGAAGAAAGGAGGAGGGACCGAUCUGAGUCUGGAAGAGAUAAAGAAACAAGCCGCCGUGCAAUGCCUGCGUUCAGCAUCCGAUGAAAACUCUGGGAUUGAGAGCCUGGUUGAGGAGCUUUGCUCCAAACUCAAGGACAUCCAGAACAAACAGAAAGAAGAAAAUCAGCUCAAGAAAUCUGAUGGAUCUCAGUCUCCUGAAGGAGUUGAGUCCCCUUCCUCAAAGGACCAGGUUGAAAUGUAUUAUGAAGCCUUUCCUCCUUUGUCAGAGAAAUCUGUUUGUCUCCAAGAGAUCAUGACGGUGUGGAACAAGGCUAAAGCCAUUGCUUACUCCGGUUCAUCGUCUUCCGCGGCCCCGCAGACCAGCACCGACACCUCCUCCCCAAAAGAUUGCAACAGUGAUGGUGAAGCUGCUAAGGAGAAAACCCCUGAGGCAUGCAGCACUACCACCAACCCAACCAGCCAGAGAACCCAGCAGCGACGCAGCAAGAAGGAGAAAGAGAAACGAUUCCAUGGUGGCGCAACAGCAGAGGACCGAGCCUCCGUCCAUGGCAAGAAGCAGGUGAGGCACAGGUCAGAGGGCAAGUAUCGCCCUCGCUCCUGGUCCUCUGGUUCUAGUGAGGCUGGCUCGAGCUCCAGCGGGAACCAGGGCGACUCCAAGACUUCCAGCAGCAAGGCGGGCAGGAUCAAGCACAAGUCCAAGGAGGUGUUCAGCAGGAGUAAGAGGGGGUGCCACAGUGGACAAGUGAAACUGGCUCUGAAGGCCGUCGACAAAGAGGAGCGGCGGAAUGCUGGAGGCAGCAGCAGCAGUGCCACUGGAGGCCCUGUGAGGAAAACACAGCUCUACAAAAAGGGGAAAAGACCGCUGAAGGAAAUUCGAAAAGAUCCAGGCUGGUGGGAAGAAAAGGAGUCCGGAGCUGAGGCCAGCAACAAAAAGGAGUACAUGGAGGAGCCCCUGUGGUACACAGAGCCCAUCACAGAGUAUUUAGUACCGUUCAGUAGCAGAAGGAGCAAACUGGAAACAAAGUACCGGAGCAAGGUGGACUCUCCAGAAGAUUCGACCUUGUCCACUGACUUUGGAAGGCUGUCUGAGAGAAUGCAAGGCAUCUGCAUUGCCAACACAAGCUUCCAGAGGGCGUAUCUGGCAGCGGGCACCUUUGUAGAUGGGCACUUUGUUGAAGUGCCAGGGGACGCAGAUGAGGAGGCUACCGAACUCAAUGGGACCUCUAGCUGCCCUCCGCCUGAGGAUAGUAGAGAGUUAGAUGAUGAGUAUCUGUCCGAAUUCACUCACUUCUAUGAAGUCGAUAUUUAUCAAUCCAUAUUGGAUCCUAGUGCCUCAGACUCGGUACAAGAGAGUCGAAUCUUGAGCAUGAUUCGACAGAAGAGCGAAGAGCAAAGAGACUUUGAGGCAGAAUGUUGUUUAGUGUUAGAUGGCCUUGAGCUGCAAGGGGAAAGUGCAAUAAGGGUGGGCUGUCUGGAUGCUUUGGGAGAUGAUGGGUUCUUCAUGCAGGAUUUGGAAAACAUGGCUCAGGUCUGGGCAUGUUAUUCAUCGUCUAGCUCUGAAGAUAUAGAUGGAGAAAGCUUUGCAGGGGACUCUCCCGUUCAGCUCUCCCCCGCUUUGGACGGUGUUCCAUUCACCAUCGGCACGCUGCCUGGGAACCUGGAGGAGCCUCAUCUCCCAGAAGCCACCAGUGAAGCUCCUGGUCUGAACUCCUCCUGCUUGUCUCUUUUUGAGCUGCAGUACGAUAGCCCAACUCUUCCUUUUCUCACCGUUGGUCACGAAAACAACACAGAUUCAAGUAGCUGUCUAGAUCCACAUUGUAACAAGCAGUCUCGUUUGUUAAUAUGGACCAAAAAUAGUGCCUUUGAUGAAACUGAACACUGUUCAAACCUUUCAACGCGAACCUGCAGUCCAUGGUCGCAUUCGGAAGAGACGCGUUCAGACAAUGAGCAAAUAAACGUUCAAACAGAGGAGUCUGCUCUAAUUGGCAAUGAAGAGAUUAAUUGUAUAAUCCCUCCCAUCUCUGGUACAUACCUAGAGGAAGAAAUCCUGGACUUUUUACAAGAAAACAAUGGUCACCAGUGCGAGGAUGCCAAUGUAGGCACAGUGUCCAAGCCGACCAUCGCAAAGAAAUCUAAAUUGGAGUCCAUUUGUGGAAUAGCGUUAGAACGGGACGAGAGCAAGCAGUAUGACGCUGGCAUGUUUUCAGAUGACUCAAACCAACAGAGUGACAACUACAGCUCAGGGAUAAUAAAGGACAUUUGGACGGCUAUCGGAGAUGGGGAUCUCGUACUAUCACCUGGAGAAGAGAACCCAGGCGAGGGCUUGUUUUCCCAGGAGUCGAGCAGCUGCGGCUGUCUCGACUUGCAGACAAAGGAAGUUGGUCCCAUCCAAGGGCCUCCGAAGAAGGCAGUGCAGCGCUCAGAGUACCACCUGUGGGAAGAAGGCAAGAAUGAAGAGCAGGCCCUCCUGGAUAAAAACCAGCUCUCAAAGAUGAAUGCUUCCGGGGAUUACAUGACGCCGUCCAAGCCCUGGGACGUGAACCCUGAGAAGGAUAACACGUCGUUCAUCCUGGGAGGAGUGUACGGAGAGCUGAAGAUGUUCAGCAGUGACCAGGACUGGGCCGUGGUGCCGCCAGGCGACGCAAAAGGCAGCCUUCUACAGUGUGCUGCUGCCUCGUCCUCUGGCUCAGACGUGGUAACCAUUGCUGGUACAGACCGUGUGUUCAUGAACACAGGCAGCUGCUUUGCCUCCAGCCACAAGCCCCUCUGGAGGCCCCUGGUCUCCUUCGGGCAGAGUGACCAGGCUUCUAAAGGAGGUGAGGAUGGAUUGAAUAAGGGAUUUUCUUUUAUCUUCCAUGAAGAUUUACUCGGAUCCUGUGCAGGCUUCCGUGGUGAGGAGCCGGGGAUCGAUUACCCGUUUGCGUCCUUUGAUCUGAACAAUCCGUUCUCUCAAGUCCUCCAGGUAGAGUGCUCCUUCGAGCCUGAGGACAUGGCUUCGUUCAGCCCGGGGUUCAAACCCAAGUCUAUAUUGUGCUCGGACUCAGAGAAUGAAGCUUUACACCCACGGCUAUACGGCAUCAACCGGACCACCCAGUACAGGGCCAUCCGCAUCUCCCCCAGGACUCACUUCCGACCCAUAUCAGCCUCGGAGCUGUCGCCUGGCGGAGGGAGUGAGUCGGAGAUUGAGUCCGAGAAAGAAGAGAUGAGUGUUCCCGUCCUGGCCCCGCCGGAUGUCUCCGACGACCCUCAGGCCGAUCUCAAACCGCUUGAGGAGGAUGCAGAAAACGAGGGACCGUGCUACGGGAAGUCAGAACUGGAAUCUGGGAAAUUCCUGCCCAGAUUAAAGAAGUCUGGCAUGGAGAAGAGUGCCCAGACCUCACUGGAUUCUCAGGAGGGCUCCAGCACCCUCCUGCCAAUCGCUGAGCAAGAGACUUGCUUGGACUGCGAAACAGCGAGCGGACAGAUGGAUGUCCCAGUCGACAAGAUUCAGGAGGAAGAGUCUUGCAGAGAAAGGGAAGCCUGUAAAUGUGCAGCAGCUGAUCAGAGUCCCACAUAUGGGAAAACCUAUGACUUCGUUGAAGAUUUGCAUGAGUUCCCUCUAAAUAUUAGUGGACAGGGACUAACUGACAUCCAGCAAGAUGAGUGCUGGUGGCAGAACACAAUCUGUUCUCCUCUUUUCCCUGGACCUCAGUGUACAGGGAGCAGCAACAUCUGAGAAGUUCAGCUCUGUGGCGAGGAAGCCCAUCGUCAGGAAGAUAUGGCCUCUUCUCCUUUGACUGCACCUCUACUUGCAAAGAUAUGGGGGGGGGACCUCGCCACUUAGAAACGAUAGGCAUCUGGACAGAGGAACCCCUCCACAUCCCACCCUUAACACUGCUGAUUUUCAUUUUACUAGAGUCUUGUGUAAUCAACAACAACAACAAAAAAGGCCGCAAGUAGGAAGAACUUGAAUAUGUUCUACAUGUCUUCAUGUGAUGCCAUAUCUGAAGACGUAUGCAUUUUAGAUUUGGUUUUAGUUGAUUCUUCCAGACAUAAUUCCAUCUUAAUUAAAGUCAGUUAGAUAUUAGGGACAGUCUUGUUUUUCCCUCCAUCGGUUUUUUAAAUUUUGACCUAGGAUACUGGUAGUUAUGGUUUCCGAAUGGUUGAGCAUGUUCCUGUCCUACUAGUCUCACUCCUUAUUUUCUAGUGUAACUGCUGCAAUUUCCUUCAUCUGACUGGGAUGCCGCUCUUCAUAACGUAGUAUGAAAGCACUGCAUUUGCUUCUCUUUCUUCAUCCCUGUCAUUUAGAAAGAAUGUGGAGAUUUUUGAGUAGCAUGGGUGCCUUUUCUGACUGAAGGAAAGACUGUGUGCAUCUUACCUCUCAAAUCUGUAUCAAAGCCCCCCCCCCCCCCCCCCCCACAGAAGUUUGCAAAGUUACUCUAAAUGAGUAUGGUUUUGGGUGAUUGUCAGUUUUUCAGAACCUUAGUAGUAGACACAGUAGAAAUGCUUUGUAAGGUAUAAAUCAACCCCCCAAAAAAUCUGUUAAGUACUAAACUGCUGUUCAAAGCAAGAGAAGAAAAAAAAGCAUGGUUGAGCUCAAUUUGGGGUGUAAUGGCCCUUUACAAAAAUAUUUAAUUAUAGCCAUUUCUACAGAGGCACUGAUUUGCAGCAAUUGAAAGUUUUUUUUUGUGAACUCCAUAGUCCAAACACCUGGUGCUAUGAAUAUGUUGACAGUUCUGUAGCAGUUUCGAUAUUGUGGCUGUGUAAUGUAGAUCCUGUAGUUUGUUUGUCGCGGCAGAGUGGAAGAAUCGGUUUAUCUUUUGGAGAAAAUAAUCGUGAUUUGAUGGUCCUCGCUUUGACUUGGUUUUCAUUUUAAAGAAGAGUUAAUUUUUAAGAACUUUUAACUAGUAAGUUAACUGGCCUGUAAUAACAAUGGAAAUAAAAAGUGAUUUGAUUUAAAUCUUGUUAUCAGAUUGACAGUCUAUUACAGAUAAUAGUGUCACUGUGUUCAUCCUACUGUAAGGUCUACAGUAGAAGCAGGAUUUUAAAGGCAAUAUAUUUCUACCCAGACACUACUUAACUUAAAAGAGCGUAAUAUAAAACAUUCAAGGAAAAGGUGAUUAACCAAAAAUAACACAAUUCAAUGCCCAAACUAAGUUUAAUCAGAGGCCCGACUAUGUUUGAGUGAUUGUUUCUGUCGCCUGUGCAUUAACUAUUAAAUCCUGAGUUAACACACAUCUUUAGAGGAUAUGCAUUUGGUUUUCCAUGUGCGUUGUGUAUAUCUUUAUCACUGCAGUGGUUUAUUUUGGUUCCAUCCUUCCACUUCAAAAUAUUUGUUUUCGUCCUCAGAAAACCGAGGAAUUGAAGCAGUGACCAUCCCUCCAUGUUCUCUUGUGACGCAUCCGUUGUGCAGUCCAAAAUGUCCGCCAACAAUGUGUGCACACGGGUUCUAAUGCACUGUCACAGGGCACAGGGUCUCCAUUGUGAGCACAGUCAUUGAUCUUAAUUUUUUUUGUUUUAUUAUUCUUCGACCUCUUAAUGGACAGCUGUAUCUUGAGUUGGUUUGGAAAAUGGCAAAGUCGAUAACAAUCCAUUUCAAUAUGCCAGGGCCUCAGUCUGCCCCAUAAUUGUGGUGUUUGUUCUGAACUUGUGUUCAACCGAUUGAAACUUGAAUGAAAGACUGCUCUGAAAAAUGUCAGGCUACUUUCAAUUGUAUUUUAUUUUGUUUAGACAGUUGUCAGUCACUCAGGAAUACUUAAAUACUAAAUAUUUUUCUCAAAGUAGGUGGAAAACACUUAAUUCUGUGGCAGUGCAUCAGUACUUUCAUUCAAGCAUUAAUUUAUUACUGAAACUUUAUUUGAGGAAAAAUAAAUAAACAGGCUUUUAUUAAUCCCAAGCUUCCUACAGAGUUAAUUGUACAGCACAUAGUUUUAGAGCUAAGCCCGACCGAGCCGUUUUGAGAUUGCCUAAGCAAUGUGAGGGGGACCUUUUCAUGGUCCUCGGUCAUAUGCAAUCUUGGCGCAUGCAAACUUUUAAACAUUCAAGUGUAUGUGGAGGAAAGUCACUCCGUUUAUUUUGCAUGACUUAUUUUUCAGUACGGGAGAGCUGAGAAAAUAAAGAUUGAACUGUUAUGGAGUGUCUUUACAAAUAAGAGCAGCAUGUCAACACCACACUCCAUCUAAGUUAAAUAAAACCGGUUUUGUAUAUGACAAGUACAGGCCAGGGUAAAGCAGUGACUUCUUUUUUUUUUAUUUAAGUUUUACUUUGUGUGUAGAUGUGUGAGAGACCGAGUCACAGCACCUACAUGGGAGUUUGAAGGAAAUGCAUUCAUUUGUUUUUCUGUUUAUAUAUUGAGUUUUGAAAAUGCAUCGAGAGCGACUAUGCAUUUCGAAACUACAUUGACGAAGGUUAACAUUGAGUUUUGAUUGGUCUGAAGGACAUAGCAUAUCCGGCACUGAAAACCAGAGUUUUCCUAGUCUCUUCAUUCCUACUAGAUGACACCCUCCCAUCCCUUUGUCCCUCAUCCUCAACUCCCAUCUGUCUCAAGUGGUUGUAUUGUUCUAAUUUCAUGUACACCCUGAGUAAAUUAUUUUGUUUCAUUGUGGAGUUUCUUAACAUCUAAUAAAGGAAUAAACCAAACCACCCCA